UUUUAUCGAUUCGGCGAUAUAAAUCGAUAUAAUUUUUCCCAAGAACGUAUCGAUUUUUAAGAUGCGCGUAUCGAUACACAAGUCCCAUUCCCCCGUGUUUACUCCCGUUCGUGUUGCAGGAAGCGCGAUUUGGUCAGCCAGCCGCUAGUAGCGCUGUCACCCGUACUAACUUUACACAGACGUCAUCCUGUUUACGGAGUCAGAGCGAGGAGAUUCGAGAAAAUGGCGGCAGAUAUAAACCCAGCACCUUCAUGCUUAAAAGCAGAUGUGUGGGAUCACUUUGGAUUCAAAAGAAAGAAGGAAAGCGAGGAAUUGGACAAAAGCCUUGCGGUUUGCAAGCUGUGUCACACAAAUGUGAAAUACUCUGGAAAUACCACCAACCUACGAGUCCACCUAAAACGUCACCACCCGGACAAAGUAACGCUAUCAGAGGACACCAAGAAGCUGCGGUCGCGCGACCCAAAACAAACCAUACUGAACAUCGAUGGCGGUUGUUCACACAAGUUUCCAUCUGCUUCACCAAGGUCGCAGAAAAUUACAGAGUCCAUUGCCUACUUUAUUUGUCAGGAUUUAAGACCAUAUUCGGUGGUGGAAAACGCCGGCUUUAGGCGCAUGGUGAACGCGAUGGAGCCUCGCUAUCCUAUUCCAACCCGCGAACACCUCACCAAGGUUUGCAUUCCCAGGCUGUACGCUCAGACAAAGGCACGCGUCAAAGCCUCCCUGGCCAGCGCGGAGAGAGUUGCCCUGACGUGCGACGGCUGGACCUCGCGCACAACUGAAGCAUACGUCACCAUCACGGCCCACUUCAUCAACGAGGAAUGGGAGCUCGUAACGUAUGUUUUACAAACAAGGGACAUGCCUGAGAGCCACACCGGACACAACCUGGCAGAACAUCUGACAAAGGCCCUCGCUGAGUGGGGAAUAAAAGAAAAGGAUCCCGUAAUCGUCACCGACAAUGCGUCAAAUAUGACAAUCGCAUCUGAGAAGGCAGCAUUCACACUUCAUGUCAAAUGCUAUGCUCACACCUUAAAUCUAGCUGCACAACGUGCCCUCAAAAUCACAGCAGUCGCACGCCUGCUGGGAAGGGUGAGACGCAUUGUGAAUUUCUUCAGACGGAGCACCACAGCCAACCACAUGCUGAAAGAGAAACAGAGGCUUCUACGACUACCUGAGCACAAGCUUAUGACGGAUGUUGUUACCAGGUGGAAUAGUGCACAUGACAUGUUAGAAAGAUUCCUGGAGCAACAACCGGCCAUCUGCGCAGCCCUGCUCUCAAGUGAAGUCAGGAAGACCGAGAAGGAUUUGUGCACACUGACGGAGUCAGACGUGACAACAGCUGAAGAAGUAGUCAACGCGCUGAAGCCCAUGAAGGAGGCUACACAGUACAUGUCCAAGGAGAAGACCCCCACACUGUCAGUUGUUGCACCCCUCCAGGACACACUGAUCAAUGGACUGAAACCGAUAGAAGGUGAAUCUGCAGUCAUAAAAGAGAUGAAGGCUGUCAUGGCUGGAGAUCUUCAAAAGAGGUACAUUGACUUCAAGGCAACUCUCCAUGCAUGUUCAGCAAUGGAUCCAAGAUUCAAAAGUCUUCCCUUCCUUACUGAAAAUGAAAGACAGGAAGUUUAUGAUGGACUGAUUGUAGAGGCUGCAAGACUGAGCACACAGCCAUCAGAGUCACUUUGGAGUAUGGAUGAAGAGGGGACAGCAAAUGCUCCUACUGAUGAUGAGGGAAUGGCAUCUAAAGACGACGCUGUAGAUGAGGGAGAGCAAUUCAUGGAAAAAGAGAGCAGUCAAGGACAAGGUCAGCAUCCUCCACCCAGGAAUUCAAGGCCGUCUUGUCCACUGGCUGCCCUUCUUGGUGAACGAUACGGUGGUGCAGCACUACCAAAGAUAAAUACCCAAGAGGACGAGGCCAAGGAACAGAUGACCCGCUACAAGGACGCAGAUCUUCUGGAAGUGAAAGAAGAUCCACUGGUCUGGUGGAAGGAGCACCAGUAUCAGUAUCCACUUUUGUCACAACUUGCUAAAAGGUACCUCUGUAUCCCUGGCACUAGUGUUUCCUCGGAGAGGAUCUUUUCCACCGCCGGAGAUGUAAUCACUGCUCAGAGAAGUGCACUUCACCCAGAGCACGUUGAUCAGAUCAUAUUCCUUAACAAAAAUCUGAAGACAAUGUAGAUCACUUCAUCUGCAGUUUUGUGGAGAGUUUCUGUUUAGUGUUCACUUAAGGCCUUAAGCUACUCUGCUAAAAUGGGUAAAAUUUUAAGUUUGUUAAAUGUUAAACUUGAAUUAUUGGCUGCCAUAGUUUAUUUUUCUUUUUUGCUGGCUAGACUGGCUGGCUACCUACCUCACAUACUUGUAGGCCUACAAGCCUUAAACUACUCUGCUAAGACGAGUACAUUUUAAGUUAAAUGUUGUUCUUAAUGACUUGAAUUUUUGGAUGUUUUGGAGAAGCCAUGGUACUAUGUUUACUUUUUUUUUGGUAAUAUGUUUACUUACAUGGUGGUGGCUAGACUGGCUACCUCAUAUGUUCAGUGUCAAGCUUAAAAGCAGUCAAAGAAACUGUUCAGAACAGGCCACUUGCUGCACUUUUUAACUCUCCAUUGUUAAUUGAAAUACUGCACUUUAUUUACUGUUCAAAUGCUACAGUUUGCACUUUCAAUAAAUGGAACAAAUUUUCUCAACGUA